UUGCAGUUUGCAACAUCCCUUCCUCCUCAGUAGAGGAGACUGCUGACUCCACCCUCUGCCACAUCUUGAACCUCUAUCGCCGUGUUACUUGGCUACAUCAGGCUAUGCGGGAAGGGAAUCGAGCCUCAAGUGUAGAGCAGAUUCGAGAGGUGGCUGGAGGCGCUGUGCGUAUCCGUGGGGAGACUUUGGGCAUCAUUGGACUAGGCCGAGUUGGACAGGCAGUGGCUCUGCGAGCCAAGUCCUUUGGCUUCAACGUGAUUUUCUAUGAUCCCUAUCUGCCGGAUGGAGUGGAGCGAUCCUUGGGUUUACAACGAAUGCGCCAGGGCUGCUUCUUAGUGAACACAGCCCGGGGAGGGCUGGUAGAUGAGAAAGCCUUAGCACAAGCCUUGAAAGAGGGAAGAAUCAGAGGAACAGCAUUGGACGUGCAUGAGUCUGAGCCUUUCAGCUUUGCUCAGGGGCCCUUAAAAGAUGCACCUAAUGUGAUCUGCACCCCUCACACUGCCUGGUACAGUGAGCAGGCUUCCAUUGAAUCCAGAGAAGAUGCAGCUAAAGAGAUCCGCAGAGCUAUUACAGGUCACAUACCUGAUGCUUUGAGGAACUGUGUUAAUAAGGAGUACUUGCUGUUAGCAGCUCAGUGGUCCAGUAUUGAUCCUGCAACUGUCCACCCAGAACUCAAUGGAGCUGCAGCUUACAGGUUUCCUCCAGGAGUAGUGGGAGUAGCCACUCCUGGGCUACCAGACCCGCCAGUAGUGGAAGGGAUUGUAGCUCAUGGGAUACCUCCUGUUUCUCACUCUGCACCACGUACCCCUUCCCCAGGAGAGACGAGCAAACUGGAUGCAGACAGAGAGAUUCCUGAUGACCAAUAGCAGCAUCUUUCUCUCCUCUCUUCUGGCAGCAGGAAAAAGUAGGAGGGUAUCUCCUCCUAGGACCUUCUUUAACAUUCUACAGAGACUGUUUCCUGUUCAUGCAGGACGGGAGAACGCAUUUCAUUACCGGCAAACUUUAGCUCUUGCCUUUAUUUUGUAACCCUUUAGUUUUAAUCUCUCAAUGAAUCUUUCUCCUUCUGUGGGGCAGGGCAGCAGUGACCUUGCCUCCCCUCAGAAAUACUUGGUUUAAAGAAUGAGUUCUCCCAUAUAUCUGCCUCGGUUGUCUGUGACAGGGAACCGU